AUGGCCUCGGUUGAGAUAUGGGCUUCUCUAUUGACGGCUGUUGACCCAGUCAGCGUGAGAGCCAUGCCGGCCAUGUUGCAGUCCACCAUUGAUCUCCUGGAAACAGAGCUCGCCCGGGCCAGAGCAGCCUUGGAAGAGCUUCAGUCGCAGCCGGAGCCAUGUUACGUUACCCUGCGGGAUGACAUUACGGGAGAGGCCAUGGCCGCCUACAAAUCCCAUCUGCUUGAGCGUGUUGCGGCCACGAGCAGCCUCAGCCUUCCGUCCCCGACUGGAGAAUCCGGGGGAAGAGCCCGAUUUGCGAGACGGCGAGUGUCCAUCUGGGAUAUCCUAUCCAACUCGCUCGUCCUGGAUCACCUCGCCCCUUACCUCUCGGUGAUGUCGCUCCUAUCCUUGGCCUCGACCUGCACCGCAAUGCGCGGCCUCAUCAUGGACACCCCGUAUGUCUUUCGGUAUCUCGAUUUGACCAAGUGCAAGGGCGCCCAGCUUUCUUGGAUGAACAGGGACGCCGGCACCAGCAGCACCGCUGAUUCUGCCCCUGCCACUUCUACCUCUAUCACUUCUAUCAAUUCUGGCUGGGUCGACGGACCCUUGAGCGAGGACGGAUUCUAUUCUCGCCCGCUGCGAGCGAUAUUCGACGAUCUAGGCCGCCGGUCGAUACUGCAGGACGUCCGGACCCUGGUGCUCGACGGCCUCCCGGUGACGGCAGAGCUAGUCGCGGACAUCCUCCUCAGCGACCGCUUCAGCGUCUCCCUCCUCUCCAUCCGGGGCUGUCUGCACCUCAACGAGCGCAAGCUGAUGCAGGCCAUCGAGUACGCGGUACGGCCCGACCGCGCCAAGGGAAUGCCAAGGGUCAAGGGGAUCUACUAUUUCUCUCCCAAGCCCAUAGCUGCAACUCCUGCAACUCCUGCAACCUGCGCCAGCCCAUCAGACGAGCAGCGGCAGCUGGUAUGCAACACGUCGACGCUUGGCCACCGCGACUCGUUGAACCACCGCCAGCACCGCCAGCACCGCCAACGUCACCACGCACAUCGCACCGCUUCUGGUGGGCGCCACGGCCGGUAUCUGGACACGGUCGUGGUACAGGAGGAGGAUCCUGUCGACCGAUCAGGGGCCCUCCCAAGCCGCCCAGGCUGCCUAUCUCUGGGCAGCGAGUGGUACCGCGAACCGGGCCAGGUCCUGAAACUGCCCUCAGUGCAGAGCGGAUGGGCUCAAACAUUGCAGCUCUGCCAAGGCAUAAUAUCCUUCGACGCUCCCUUAUGUCGGGGUACCAGGCACGACGCCAAUCUAUACGGGAGCGGCCACAACCCGCCUCGCGCCACCGACCUUCCUCCAGGCUCGCUUUUACCUCCUGCGAUUGCAACUGUCUCCCUUGGCCCUGCCGGGUGUGAGGGUUGCCGCACCUCGCCCGAGGGUCCCCUGGUCUGGGAGCAGUCCCCCGAGCAGCAUUUUCCGCUCUUGUCACCGCCGCCGUUGCACUCCUAUAGGACGAACGUCGCCAAGACUCCCGCUGUCCGCCUCGACGAAACCCCGGUGCUGAUUGUCCAGUGUGAAGAAUGUCUGCGGGGCCGCCGGUGUCACAGGUGUAACCGAUGGCUGUGUGCAGCAUGCUUGCCUGAUACAAGCAAACCGUGGCCUCCGAAGGCGCAGAACCCUGUGUCGGAUACAGAAGGCGAUUCGGGGCUGGCACUGAAGGUAUCUACCAUCCAUCCUUUCCGCUCGUUAUCUCUUUUCCUUGUACCCUUGGCCACCUUGGCGAUGAUCCUGAUGCUGGCGGUUUCUGCCUGCAGGAUGCACAAGAGCUACCCGUUAUCUACCAUACACCAAACAUUUAUCAGCAUUAGCUAA